UUUCCUGGUGACACCUUUAAUGACACCUUGACUCAUCCAUAAUUACACUGUGACGUUAACACAUCUGUAAGUGUUUCACACCUCCUCCUCCUCUCUCUGGACGCUCUGCUGAGAGGCGCGGUAAUGAUGUCACAGGGCAGGGGCAUGUGUGUCUAUAAGUGCAGAGAGAAACCUCUGACUGAAGUAGAGCUGAGCCACGCUGCUGGAGAGGCACAGGCAAAUUUACCUCUGGGUGCCAAACUCACCUCUGGAUACUUUUCAUCCUGGAGCUGCAAAAAUAACUUCUUUCCUCUUGGGAAUCUGGAUGUGAAAGCCUACUUUUUGUUUGCUUGCUUUAUUUGCUGGGAUCAGGAUGCUUUGUCCUGUUGCUUUGCAGCGGAUCUCCUUCACCCUGUUUAUGCUGGGCAGAGCUGCAGUAAUGACAGUGCAUGCCCAGCUGAAUGUUCCUGCCCCCCCUCGCCUCCACUGUGCCUGCCCGGCGUCAGUCAUGUAACUGACGACUGUGGCUGCUGCAAAGUUUGUGCUCGGCAGUUUAAUGAGGACUGCAGCACGACAGAACCUUGUGAUCACAUCAAGGGGCUGCACUGCCAUCUGGGGGCUGGAGGAAACCCAGAGAGAGGACUGUGUCAAGCUGAAGCUCAUGGCGUACCCUGUGCAUUCAAUGGGCGAGUGUACCAGCAUGGUGAGGACUUCCAGCCCGUUUGCCAGCACCAGUGCACCUGCAUGAAUGGUGUGGUGGGCUGCAUGCCCCUCUGUCCCUACCAAGUGCCCCUGCCUCGGUGGCGAUGCUCAAAGCCCCGGCUGGCGCAGCCCGAGGGUGGCUGUUGUGAAGAAUGGGUGUGUGAUGAUGACAACAGCAUCAGCGAGGAGCUGAGUGAGCCAACAGAGAGCCAGCUGCACCCAAACCACAUCAGUCCUUUGCUGCCAGUCCAGCGACAGAAUCCCCUCCCAGCUGCCAGCGGAGCAGAUACAUUCAGAGAGAUCGCAUCGUUCCCCCUCUCUGAGGUCUUACAUGAGCCCCAGUGUUUCCCACAGACCACUGAGUGGACCCAGUGCUCUGCCACAUGUGGGAUGGGCAUUUCAAGUCGUGUGACCAAUCACAACCCAGACUGUCAGCUAGUCAGAGAAACCAGACUGUGCCAGAUCCAGCACUGUGACCUGCAGCUUCCCAUAACUAAGAAGAAAUGUCAGCGAACCUUCCGCCCACACGAGCCAGUCAGCAUCACCUUUGGUGGAUGCUCUACAGCUCAGCGAUAUCGGCCUCGGACCUGUGGGACUUGCACUGACGGCCGCUGCUGCGCCCCGUCUCUCUCUCGCACCGUGCAGCUCCGCUUCCACUGCCCCAGUGGAGACAUCCUCUACAAUGUAAUGUGGAUCCAGCGCUGCAGCUGCGGUACGAGCUGUGGUAAACACACCUAUCACUCCAGCACCUCCGUCAACCUCUACAAUGACAUCCACACUUUCAGAGACUGAUGCUGACUUAUCAGCGGACUCUGCACCUCCCCCUCGCUAAACUCACUGCCUCAAUGUCUGUCCGCUGGGUGGGAAAGGAGUCCGCUCGCUUGCACUUUAAGCUUGCUGUCAUGAUGAUGUCACUUUGUCCACGCUACAGGCGGUGCCUCUCCAGCGUCCUAUGCAGUCUCGAGGACGACACAAAACAGUGUGACUGCUAUGCCACAGUGUAGGCCGAGAGCUUUAACUGAAACUUUAAUUUAUUUUCAACUUUGUUUUCUUUUCCACAGAGGGUGACACGACAACUUGUCAAACAUAAAGAAGGCUUUUUAACAGGCAUAUUAACAGGAAGUAAUGGUUAUCAAAGACAUGCAUCUUUGUUCUUCACCACAUUUUAAAAUGCUGAGGAGCAGUGGCAUCGAUUGUUGGUUCACAUGGAUUGUGCUUGAUACAGUCCACCUGUUCCCCGUACAAGUACUGACGGGGAAAUGUGUGAGAUGUGUCUGUUUUACAGCGACAGGCUUUCAGAAAGGAGUUUACAGACUGUGCUUAUUAUGCUACUUUGGUAUAUUGAUUAAAAUCCUACAGGCUAUACAGACUUCACUCUUAGUUGUGGAGUGAGAAUAUUCGAGGAUCACCUCAUUUUUCGAGGUGUGAUACCGUUGUGUUUUUUAACGUGUGUCUAUCACUGUGUACAUAUAAUAAAUACAUGUUUGGUUCUUAAAGCUUCAUAUUUGACACCUGUCACUUGUGUAUUAGAAGUUUAUUGGUUGUAAACUCCUGUACGUCAAAUAAAAACUUAACCUGUGAUGUGUCUUUAUGGUAAACAAAAGUUUGAGGUGAUGUUAUGCUGGGUGAAGGUUCCACAGCAUAAAAUGAAGCAAUAUGAAAUAAAAUGUUUCUAAUUAUUCCA